AUGAAAACAGAAAUUUCAAACAGUGAAAAUCAGUGUGGUGUAAGUGACGGAGAACUGCAGUUGUCAUUUUUACCUGAAUAAAUAUCAAAGUGUAUACUUCAAGAUAAAUACAGAGAAACCCACCGAAACGGACAACAAUUUUCAGCACUCAAACGUUGCGCCAGCCAAACGAAUUUGAAAAGCAGUUGUUCCAGAUCGCAUUACAUCUGCCAUGGAACUUUCUCAACGUGGUCCGAAAAAGCAGACCUCGUUUGAGCAGUUAGCAGAAACCGGUCCACGUUUUAAAUGUCCAGAUUAUAACGGCAACUGCCAGUUGGCCUCUCUUUUUGCAGCUCAAGGAAUGGAGAUGAAAAAAAUUGAAACUGCCCUUCACCAGUUGAGAAUUGCUGUGAAAGACUGCAAAUUGGUUGACUCCAGCGACGACUUCCUUCUUAAACGGCUAAGAGUGCAAGAUUUCGAUGUAGCUCGAGCCAACAAAAUGCUCAGACAGACAUUGGAAUGGCGGCAAGUAAACGGAGUGGACAGGCUCUUAGAUACGUACACGAUUGGCGAAGUUAUAAAAAAAUAUUUUUCCCUCGGACGAGUUGGAGUCGACAAAUACGGAUGCCCACUCUACGUUACUGCAAUGGGAAGGAUGGACAUCAAAGGGCUUCUGUUGUCUACAAGGAACAAAGAAUUUUCAGAUUACUGCGUUUACACGGAGGAGAAGUAUGUCGAGGCAGCUAGAGAGGAACGUGAACGAACAGGUAGACCAAUCUCGAUGCAUACAGUCAUCUUCGACUUUGAGCAUCUAUCGAUGAAACAGCUAACGUGCAAGCCAGUUGCCUUUGAACUAAUGGUCUUAACCAAGUUACAAUUCGCCCACUACCCUUUAAAUAUGCGUCGGGCAUUCAUCAUUAACGCUCCCAAAUUAUGCUUUCAAAUACUGUUCGCCAUGCUGAAACCGUUCGUAAACGAGACUGUACUCGCGAAUAUGAGAGUUUUCGGCAACGACAAAACAGAGUGGACAUCCGCUUUGCUAGAGGAAAUCGACGCCGAUCAACUUCCCGCUUUUUACGGAGGCACCAUGACGGAUCCUGACGGCGAUCCCAAAUGUCCCAGCAAGUUCAAUAUGGGAGGUGAGGUACCGCAAUCGUAUUACCUGUGCAACAACGCUCCAAUCGCCAAAAAAUACAUGGAAACGCUGCACGUCUUUGCCGGUGUUGGAGGACGAAAGAAACUCAAAUAUAAAAUCGAGACCGUCCCUUCUGUAAUGAGAUGGGAGUUUAUGUCUGAAGGAGGCGACAUUGAAUUUCGAGUUUACAACAGCAAUUUGAAAGAUGGAGAAGAUUUAAUCCCACCUAACAGAGUCGAUAGCCAUUUGGUGAUGGAAGAAGGUGAAGUGACGUGCCAUCAACCGGGAAAAUACCUGUUUGAAGAAAUGGCCUUUCAUUUACGAGACGCCCCGUACGACGGUGUUGGCAAUUACACUCGGUUUAUGACAGCUCUUUUAGGUCUCAAGGAGCUAACAGAUGUUGAACCAUUGGUGCCUGGUACGGGUCCAGUUAUCAACGAUGUCAGUUCGUUUGAAUACCCUUUCGCUAUCGCCCCUUGUCGAGAGAAACUCACCAAUCAUCGGAGCCUCUUCAUAGCGGUGAUCUCGGCUCCCAGGAAUUUCGAAAGACGCGCCACUAUCCGUCGAACGUGGCCCAAUCAUUUGAAGAACCAAACUAAUUCGAAUAAACCGUUGGACAUCGUAGGAUUCAGCUUCGUUGUAGGGCUCACCAAGGACGAUGUCAUCCACCAAAAACUGAUGGAAGAAAAUGAAAGAUAUCGUGAUAUGCUACAGGUAAACAUGCACGAUAAAUACAGGAAUUUAUCGUUGAAAGUGACAGGUCUGCUGAAUUGGGUGCACCAUUAUUGCCCGCAAGUGGAUUUCGUCUUGAAAGUGGACGACGACGUCUACGUGAACGUGCAUAAUUUAGCGACCGUCCUUCACUCACAUCCGCCUUCCGAGCGCAGUGUCUACGGACGCAAAUGCGGCGGAGACACGAUCUCUGAAAGAAUACCCCGCAACGAUAGCAAAUGGAUAUUUACUUACGAAAGUUGGCCAUGGCGCAACAUUCCGCAAUAUUACCAAGGAGCUGGAAUUGUAAUUGCUGGCAGUGCUGUACGUCCACUGCUGGCGGCCAUUCAGACAACUCCGUAUUUCAUUUGGGACGACAUGUACCUGAUCGGAUUGUGCGCCGUUAAAGCCAGGCUUCGCAUCCGUACGUCGGAAAGCAUCUUCGUUGAUUGGCCGAAGAAUUACGCCGACCCGUGUUUCGUGCGCAACGCUGUAACGUGGACAUUGAAGUCGUCAGAUCAGAUGAAUUCAUCGCACUUUGUAACCCACAAUUUGUAUCGGAAUUCAACUGCGUCGCGUUGCGUCGUCCGCACUUACGACGUGGGCCCAAACGUGACGUUGGUCAACCAAUUAGAAAGCCAAAUUAACGAAACCGCCAUCGCAUCCGAGUUUCCUUUCGGUUUCAUGGAGCAAAACUGAUGAAUUCAAAAGAUCCGUACCAUCUGGCAGUAGGUGCUGCGAUGUCCCAUAACACAUUAGUUACCUAAUUCCUAAUUGAACAUAUACGUAAUCUGCACAUACGUUACCUUGAAUUCCUAAACAUUUUCUUUUCGUCCAGCAUUCCCCAAUGCUGAUAUGAUGUACUCGAUCACCUUUUAUCUGUAUCUGUUUGAUUAAUCCAACAAGUAAUCAAAAAAAAAAACGUGUGUACUGUA